AUAUGAAUUAGCAUCUUUUGAUCAUCUAACAAGCUUCGCAGUGGCUCCUCAGAAAAAACAAAAGGUGGUGCAAUGGCAAGAGAUAAUCAACAAUUAGGAGUACUAAAUGCACUAGAUGUAGCAAAAACACAAUGGUACCAUUUCACGGCAAUCAUAGUAGCUGGUAUGGGCUUCUUCACGGAUGCCUAUGACCUAUUUUCUAUAUCUUUAGUCACAAAACUUUUAGGACGUCUAUAUUACACGGAACCUAACCCAAAACACCCGGGUGCGUUACCCAUCAACGUAUCAGCCGCAGUAAAUGGUGUAGCCCUAUGUGGGACCCUAGCCGGCCAACUUUUCUUCGGUUGGUUAGGUGACAAAUUAGGACGAAAAAAGGUUUAUGGUCUAACUUUAGUCCUUAUGGUAUUUUCAUCCCUUGCUUCGGGUCUUUCGUUUGGUCAUACUCCUAAAAGUGUAAUGACUACACUUUGUUUCUUUCGGUUCUGGCUCGGGUUUGGAAUUGGUGGUGAUUACCCUCUUUCGGCUACUAUUAUGUCCGAAUAUGCUAAUAAAAAAACUCGAGGGGCUUUUAUUGCUGCUGUGUUUGCUAUGCAAGGGGUUGGGAUUCUUGUUAGUGGGGUUGUGUCACUUAUUAUGUCCGCUGCUUUCGAGUAUAAGUUUAAGCCCCCUUCGUUUGAUGAAGAUCCUGUUGGGUCACUUACUCCUGAAGCGGACUAUAUUUGGCGUGUUAUUUUGAUGUUCGGUGCCAUCCCUGCUGGUCUUACCUUUUAUUACCGUAUGCAGAUGCCUGAGACUGCUAGGUACACAGCCCUAGUAGCCCAAAACGCUAAGCAAGCGGCAGCAGACAUGUCAAAGGUACUAAACGUAACACUAGAAGCCGAGGAAGACAAGUUAGCAGGCAUCGUCAAAGACAAAAACCAACAAUUUGGUCUCCUUUCUAGUCAAUUCUUACGACAAUACGGACUACGCUUAGUAGGAACAACCACUACAUGGUUCUUACUCGACAUUGCAUUCUAUAGCCAAAACCUUUUCCAAAAGGACAUUUUUUCCUCAAUUGGAUGGAUCCCAAAUGCAAACAAAAUGAGUGCGAUUCGAGAAGUCUACAAGGUUGCACGAGCUCAAACCUUAAUCGCACUUUGUGGGACCGUUCCUGGAUACUGGUUUACUGUCGCCUUGAUCGACAUAAUUGGUCGUUGGAUCAUUCAGCUCGUAGGGUUCCUCAUGAUGACUAUAUUCAUGUUCGCUAUUGCGUUUCCUUAUGACCAUUGGAAACAAAAGGAGAAUCGUAUUGGGUUUAUUAUUAUGUAUGGACUUACAUUCUUUUUCGCUAAUUUUGGGCCUAAUGCCACAACUUUUGUUGUCCCGGCUGAGAUAUUCCCAGCUCGGUUGAGAUCCACUUGUCAUGGGAUAUCAGCCGCGGCUGGUAAAGCUGGAGCUAUAAUUGGUGCGUUUGGGUUUGUAUAUGCCUCACAAGAGAAAGAUCCAGCUAAGAGGGAUCCGGGUUACCCUGCAGGUAUUGGGAAAAAGAAUUCGCUUAUUAUUCUUGGUGUGAUUAACUUCAUAGGUAUGCUCUUUACUUUCUUGGUCCCUGAGACUAAGGGUAAAUCUUUAGAAGAGGCUGCUAAUGAAGUCCCUGUUUAUGAGGAACAAGACAUUCAUAACAAACCAUCUGCAGUAUAAUAUGUCAUCCAACUACAACCAGAAAAUUAAAAUGAUGGUUGAAGUUCCCUUCAUUAUUUUGGUAAGUUUAAGCUCAAGUUAUUCCAAUAUAUGUUAUAUAUUAAAUCGAUAAUUACAUUUCUCAUUAUGUUUUGGUUUUUGUUUUUUCUUAAUUUUGAAUGACACAAUGGUAUACAAUUUCAAUUAUAUUUUGAAAUUAAACUUGUACUUUUUAAAUUUUAUAAGAUGAUUAUUGUACAUUGCAAAUGCAGAUCAAUACGUCCAUAAUGAUCUGCUUGGAGGUUAUGAGAAAUAAUAUGAGAAUUGAAACGUAUAUGUAUACAUAGUACAGGAAAUGAUAUCUUGAAUGCUUUGGUUUUGCAACCAUUUGUCAAGGAUUCCAAUAUUUU